GAGACAUACCCGUUAUUCAAGUCUCCUGCAAAAUCAAUUUAUCUUUUUUGCCCAAAUCGAAAUACAAGAGCAAAGAUAGACUGAGAGCGAGAGAGAGCUUCCAUUGGGUUUUUUCCUUUUUUUGUCAGAUCUCCACCUUCCUUGGGCGGAAUUCUGGCCACGAAAGCGGGGGAGUUUGAUCUCUAGAUCCAUAGAUUAGGGGUUUUGGCAUUGGAGAUACAAGGAAAAAUGGAGAGAUAUGGUGAGAAUAAAUCCGCUGCAAUUAAACCGAGUAGUAUCCAAGGUUUUGCAAUGGAGGGUGGGAAGUUCACUUCAGAAAUUAGAAAUAAUCGUAGACCGUUGCGGGAUAUCAAGAAUUUUGUGAACGCUCCUCUUCCUCGUGCAGUCAUCAAAGGUAAGCCAGCUGCUGAGGACAAAAGCAGAAAUUUCGAAGGACAUCGACCUAUGACAAGGAAAUUAGCUGCUUCAUUAGCAAACAAGAAACUUUCUCACCAGCAGGACUCUAAUCAAAGGAAUGGAUUACUUGAUAAUGAAAAUUGUAAGAAAGCAAUCCCAAAUUCAAAUGAUUUAGAAAGCAUAACUGUCAUAGAUGUGGAUGAGUAUAUGGAAGCUAGUGAACCCCCACUGCCGGUGCUCGAGAAUCAAACAGAAGCAAUUCUGGAGGAAAUGGAAUCAAUGCAGGAUUGCAAUCCAGAGGAAGUCGAAAUGGAGGAUCUAGAGGAGCCAGUUCCUGAUAUUGACAGCUGUGACCGUAAUAAUCAGCUUGCUGUUGUUGAUUAUGUUGAGGACAUCUAUGCCUUCUAUAGACAAGCCGAGAAUUCCAGCUGUGUCUGUCCGAACUAUAUGUCCCAGCAAUCUGACAUCAACGAAAAGAUGAGGGCUAUUUUGAUCGACUGGCUAAUCGAGGUGCACUACAAAUUCGAACUGAUGGCCGAGACCUUGUUCUUGACCGUGAAUCUCAUAGAUAGAUUCUUAGAGCAUCAAACCGUUGUAAGGAAGAAACUUCAGUUGGUUGGAGUGACUGCCAUGCUUUUAGCAUGCAAGUACGAAGAAGUGUCCAUCCCCGUUGUGGAAGAUCUUAUUACAAUCUCUGACAGAGCAUACACGAGGGAUGAAGUGCUAGCCAUGGAGAAAUUGAUGAUCAACACCUUGCAAUUCAACAUGUCUGUGCCGACUCCGUAUGUUUUCAUGAGAAGGUUUCUCAAGGCAGCUCAAUCAGACAAGACGCUUGAACUUCUCUCAUUCUUCAUGAUUGAGCUUUGCCUUGUUGAGUAUGAAAUGCUCAAGUUCCGUCCCUCCUUGUUAGCUGCCGCGGCAAUCUACACUGCUCAGUGCACUCUAAAAGGGUUCAAGCAUUGGAGUACGACCAGUGAAUGGCAUACUCGCUACACAGAAGAUCAGCUUCAAGAAUGCUCCAGGUCGAUGGUGGAUUUCCAUCAGAACGCAGCAGCUGGGAGACUCACCGGGGUCCAUAGGAAGUAUAGUACUUCUAAGUUUGGAUUUGCUGCGAAAUCUGAACCAGCCUGCUUUCUAUUGGACACAAGACUCUAAUUACAGGAAAUAACGAUCAUGUGUUAUCUCACUAAUCUUAUGAUCUUUUCACUUGUUUAACAUAAAAAAACAAAGGAUGUACAGAGAUAAGAUCGAUGACUGGUCGGUGCUGUUUGUUGGGUGUGGAAAGAAACUGCACUCCUCCUGUCAGUUUCUAAUGUCUGCUCGCUGUUGUUGGGUGUGAAAAGAAGCUGCAUUUCUUGGCCAGUUUCACUUUCUGAUCUUGGGAAUUUUCCUUGUGUAAAAGGGCAUCAUCAUGCUCUAUUCUUUUUCAUGUUAUUUUUGUUGUAGCGUUUGCUCACUUUCUGCUGAGCUUUAGAUGCUGUUUGGAUGUCAAAUACAUUGCAAUUCAAAAUAAACUAAUUGGUAGACUAGCACAA